UGUUAUUUAAUUUAACUGUUGCAUCUGUCCAUUAAUAUUUACUCAUGUUAUCUAAGAUAACAUGACGUGUCACGUCAUGUUAUCAAUACACAAGAUAAUAUCUUGUGUAUUGUUUUUACAUUUGCCUGAAGUUCAUCACUUUGAAACAAAGUUAUGUGUUUCAAAAAUUUAGUAUAAUUUAACAAUAUACCAGAUAAUUAUUGUAAUAAAAAUAUUUAGCAUUCUAGAGCCAUCAUGUAAGCUUUAAAAUGGGUAAUGAUUUUUCUAAAGCUCAAAUACCAUCAAAACUAAAUUUGGUAGAAAAAGCUCAGUUGGAAUAUGAUUUUUUGCGACUUGUUGACAAGCAUCCUGUGCUAUACUGUGAAAAUGUAUUACGUAAUGCAGUUUAUAGAUAUGAAAAUUAUUGGCUCCCUCUUGUUGUCAAAUACAGUGAAUUAUUGCCUGCACCAUUAGACAUAGAAUGGGUGUGGCAUUGCCAUAUAUUAAAUCCUAUUGCAUAUCAACAUGAUUGCUUAAAUCUGUUUGGUAAAAUUAUUGAUCAUGCUCCUAUGUAUUUCACUAUUGAAAAGAUAUUAACAUCCAAAAGGUAUUGGAAACAUACCUAUAAAGACAUUCCAUUUGAAGUUGAUCUUACUAAUUCAAAUCCAACACUAAUUUCAACAAAGUCUUUUAAGUGCUCCUAUGAUAUUGUUGCAGCUUCAAUGCGCCAAAGAGUUUUUAAUUAUAACUCUUCACUACCACAUUUUAGAGACCCAAAAUUUUUGCAGAAUGCUGUUAAGCGUUAUAAAGUAAUGAUUACAAUUAAAAAAGAAAAUUCAAAUACAUUUAUAGUUCCUUGUUAUGAUAACGAUUUAAUAUGGCAUUCACACAUGCAGCAUGUUUUAUUAUAUCAGUCUGAUAUGAUGCAUAUGCUUGGUAGUAUUCUUGACCACGAUGACUCAACAUCUGACAGAAGCCCAAAUUCAGAACUGAGUACCAGUAGUGCUGCAACUAAAAAGUUAUGGAAGAAAUAUAAUCAAAAGUUUGGUGUAUCUGGUGCUAUGUAUAGAGGAGAACCACCUUUACCUGAGUUUACAGUAAUAAAUCAAGGACACUAUUUGAGUUUAGCUAGCAAAAUCUGUCAGUGUUCACCACUGUCAAUAUACAUUGGGAGAUUCCCAGUUGCUGAUAAUGCUACGGUUAACUUUCAAAUUGGAAUGGUUUCUCUCCAAGGAGUUUUUGUGGGUUUAUUUUCAAAAGCAAUAAGUCUUGUUAAUGGAGAAUUAAGUUAUAAUUUUUUAGAAGGUGAAGGUCAUUUUCAAUACAGCACUGAAGAAAGUAGGUCGUUAGAAAUAUAUUGUGACUAUCCUGCUUCGCUUACAAAAUACACAUCUCGUGUGAUGUUUCCACCAUUAGUUGUUCCUGAAGAUCCGAAUUUACGUUCAAUAACUAUUCAGUUACAGUGCAGUCUUACAGGAGAAAUGAUUAAUUGCAUUUUAACAAUGCGUUACUCUGAGACAUUAUCGAACUACUCAUUUGAGGCGUCUUCAGUUAAUCGAUUAUUUAUUGAUUCACCUCAUCUCAAAAAUGUCGUGCCCAACUUGCAUUUGAUAUCUCCUGGGUCUGAAUACAAAAAUGAAGCUAAAUGCCAAUACAAUGACAACAUUUUGCAUACAGCAUAUGGAUUAUCAGCUUUUAAAAUUAGAGUAGUUCAUUCACGCGAUCCUAUAUUAUCUGUAGUUGAAGUUAUUGAUCUGUCUGAAAAUGUACUUGCUACUUCUCACACAGUAGGAAGGUUUUCUUUACCAAGUGAAAAACAGGUUUCAAAAUCUCAAAAUGUUUUUACACAUGAGCAAUCUUUCGAAAGAUCUAUGUUGAUCAGAGGAUCAAAAAAUGAUUGGGGAUUACUAAAGUCACGAUGGAAAGGAUUUACUAAGGCAAAAAGAAUUUGUAGAGGCCAACGCGGGCUAAUCGAAUUGGAGUUGUUUACAUUAAAUGGAAAAAACUCUAGGUACGAAAUUGUGACUAUGAAAAAUGAUGUUAAAUUUGAGUGGGCUACAGAACAAGGGCGUGGAAGUGUUGACUUACUUAGUGGCUAUAUUCGAUUUUCUGGAAGUGUUUUGGAUGUUCCUGAAUUUUUGUGUGUUGCAUAUUCAAUUGCCAUUUUGUUUGUUCUUUGUCAGCCACGCCCUCCACCACCUAAAGCAGGUGGUGUUUAUUUACCGCCAAAUCGGCCCGGAAAUUUAAAUUUAGAUGCAAUGGCUUUAUUAGUCAUUGGUGGCUUGUAUGCAACUACUCUCCCGAAAUGGUACCAUGUUGGGACACUAAGAGGUUAUUUCAUUCAAGUUCCUAAAGUUUCUAAACGUUGCAGUGAUGACAGUAAUGUUGAUGGUGAAGAAGAUAACUAUAAUAGCGAUUCUGAAAGUUUGGAUAGGUGUGACGCUUAUUGGAUAGAAAAUAAUAGUGGUUGUGGUAAUUGUGGAAGUGGAGGUGGAUGCGGCAGUAGUUGUGGUGAUAAUAACGUUUGUGAAAAUAAUCGUGGGGGUGGUUGUGGAAGUAGUUGCGGAGGAGGAGGAGGAGGAUGUGGCAGUAGUUCGGGGGGAGGUGGAGGAUGUGGUAGUAGUUGUGGAGGAGGGGGUGGUGGUGAUUGAUUUAUUUGUUUUAUAUGGUGUUGUUUUUUUUGUUUAAAUUAUCUGUUAUAUUUACAGAAAACAAUGUGGAGUUAAAUUAAUAAAAUAAAUUUUUUGAGAUA